AAUUAAUUAGAUCCAACUAAGAAGAAACAUCAUCAAAACCGAAAGAAAAUGGGUGCUGAAACAUUUGUGGAGAUUAUACUUGCAAUCCUUUUGCCUCCUGUUGGCGUUUUUCUUCGAUACGGUUGUGGCGUGGAAUUCUGGAUUUGCUUAUUGCUGACGAUACUGGGGUAUCUUCCGGGAAUCAUAUACGCACUUUAUGUUUUGGUUGUCUAGAAUUAAUUUAAUUUAAUUUAAUUAGUUGUU